CUCGUAACCCGCAAGAUCUUGGACGAGACAAGCUAAACGAAGCUCGAGAGAGCAUGGAAAAGGUGGUGAGUCCCACGGUAGCCUCUCGGGCUCUCUUUCUCGUCCUCGGCCUCCUCCUCCUCCUCUUCCUCUCGGUGGAGAUCGCGGAGGGGAAGAAGAAGGUGAGCAUACCCGACGACCUCGACGACGUGGUGGACGAGGAGGAGGACGAGGAUUGGAAGCAAUGGGGAAAGAAGAAGAGCUCUUCCGCGCCGCUGCCGCCGCCACCGGACUUCUCCCGGAUGAACCCGGUGGAGAUCCAGGCCGAGAUAAUGAAGCGCCACACUGGCCCCUCCUACGGGUUCGUCAAGCUCCGGCCUGGCACGGGACGCACCAGGGAGGAUGUACCACAGAUUGCUAUGAGAUGGAGCAAAGUUCUAAGGACUGGAUCUGUUGAGGCCAAGUUCAUGGCUGUUGAUCUUAGUACCAUCAUGUUCAUGAUGGAGAGGGGACAAGAUGUAGAAGAGUUGAAAGAGUUUAUCCUGAGCCAGCCAGAGGCAUAUGAAAUGAAGAUUGGAGAUCAAGUGUAUCGAAGACCUGGAGAUCCUCCUCUGGAUGAAGUUUUUGAGAUGUCGCAGAGGAAAAAAACUGAUGCUGAUGGCCAUGAUCCCUCUGAAGACCUGCAAAUUUCCAGAGACGAGUUGUAGAUUUUCAUCACUUGUGUUUCUAUUUUGCCCAGGGAACAAACAGAAUAUAGCAUCACACAAAAGCUUUACGGUUUCUGCGAGAUUUCUCUGGUUUGUAUGUUAUUUUCUCUUUAGACACCGAUCUUUGCAUUUUCAAGAAAAGGGGAGAAGAGAAAAGCCUGAAGUUCUGUACCCUUUUGAAGU